UGCGGCCUCCUACUGUUGUCUGUCUCUCUUUGUUCUGACUUCUUCCCCUGCUUCUCCGGUCCUCGCUUCGUCAUCGCCUCUCUCGCACUGACCCGACCCGACUCGCUUCGCUUCCAAGUUCCAAUGGCGACGCAACUGCUUACCUCACGGCGCCUGCCACGCGCUUGAGCACAAAACCGUCCGUUGCCGCCCGUCGCCACACACCCCCGCCGCACAUGGCGGCGCCGGGCUUGGAUGAGGUCAUGGCGUUCCUCACCGAGCACGGUUUCGCGAGCACCGCAUCCGCGCUCCGAGAUGACGUGCUGGACCGCAGUGCCGACGGGGAAUCCGAUUCCACCGCCACAUUAGGCCCCCAGCUCCCGCCUCUCCGGUUGCCGGCCUCCGCCUCCGGCGGCGCCGGCGGCGGCGUCGCGCUGGAGGCGCCUGCAAGCCCUGGUUCCAGCUCCAACUCGGCGUCCUCCUCCGCCUUCGUCAGCAUGAGCUCCUCGCCCUCAGAAUUUGAUGGCGUAGGGCUGCUGAAUCCAUAUGGAGUGUGGUCGCCGCCGCACUCGCAGUCGGACGGGUCAUCAUCUGAGAUGGAGUUCGGCACAGCGCGCCAGUACGACACCACCGACCUCUUCUUCCAAGAAGGUUGGCUCUACGAUGACCAUCUCUUCCAUAGCAAACCGGACGAUGACGGCAGAGAUAAAGAGGAGGACAAGUUUGUUCAUGGCGGUUCAGGACGGACAGAAAUGUUAGUGCUUAACGCUGAUGAUGACCGCCGUCAUGAACAUGCUGGCAAUAACAGCUGUGAGGGGUGCGCCGAAGUGUACACCUGCUCAUCGCCGCUCUGCGGUUGCUGUGGUGGGGAGCUCAAGAAUGAGGAGGGGCUCCAAGUGGUCAGUAAUUCUAGCUCCGUUGUGUACGGGAGGUACAAGGUCAUGGAUGACCAGACUGAGAUACUGGACGAGUGUGGCCUGGAUCUGUUUCAGCUGAAGCAGAGUGUGGAUUCGGUGCUCGAAUGCGAUUUGCCAAGAGAUCCUGGGCAAGGAGAUGAGCAUCUGGAGCUGAAUGUUGUGGAGAAGGAGCUUCAAAUGCUCAGUUCAUUUGAUAGUUAUGGCGAUGAUGAUAUUGUUGCAAAUCCAGGAUUCAUACCUCAUGUCACAGACAAUAUAAAGUUGCAUGAUAGCACUGAAAACAAUCUGGAAAGCAGCAGUGACAAAGAAUAUCUGAAAGAAAGUUAUAGCUUACAUCCUUUCCCGGAGAGUGGUGAUCCAGAUGAUCCCUAUGAGUUUGGAGAUAUUGGGCCACUGAAUACUGGUGUAAAAAGUUCCACUGCUCUCAUAGCUGAGAAAGAAGACAUGGAGUCAAAUAUUGAUCUCGCCCUCUCUAAUUUCCAGCGUGAAUACGAGGUAUUUGAAUUGAGAAUUGUCCACCGCAAGAACAGGACUGGCUUUGAAGAAAACAAAGAUUUCCCCAUUGUCUUGAAUUCAGUUAUAGCAGGAAGAUAUUAUGUCACUGAAUAUCUUGGCUCGGCUGCAUUCAGCAAGGUUGUGCAAGCACACGAUCUUCAGACGGGGAUAGACGUUUGCCUUAAAAUUAUUAAAAAUGAUAAGGAUUUCUUUGAUCAGAGUUUGGAUGAGAUAAAGUUAUUAAAGUUUGUGAACAAAUAUGAUCCAUCAGAUGAGCAUCAUGUACUGCGCCUCUAUGACUACUUCUAUCAUCAGGAACAUCUUUUCAUUGUCACUGAAUUAUUGCGAGCAAAUCUGUAUGAGUUUCAGAAAUAUAACCAGGAGUUUGGUGGUGAGGUGUACUUUACACUUCCUAGGAUACAGGUAAUUGCUCGGCAAUGUUUAGAAGCUCUGGUAUACUUGCAUCAUUUAAGGAUCGUUCAUUGUGAUCUAAAGCCGGAGAAUAUCCUUAUAAAGAGCUACCGCAGGUGUGAAAUUAAGGUAAUUGAUCUUGGAAGUAGCUGCUUCUUGACAGACAACUUAUGCCUGUAUGUCCAAUCACGAUCUUAUCGAGCUCCUGAGGUCAUUCUGGGCCUGCCAUAUGAUCAGAGGAUUGACAUUUGGUCUCUUGGUUGCAUCCUUGCUGAACUAUGCACUGGUGAAGUACUGUUUCCUAAUGAACCAUUGCCCAUGAUGCUUGCCCGAAUGAUUGGGAUAAUUGGUCCAAUUGACAUGGAAAUGCUAGCAUUGGGACAGGAGGCACAUAAGUAUUUCACUGACGAUUACGACCUUUUCACCAAGAAUGAGGAGACAGAUCAAUUAGAGUAUUUGAUCCCAGAGAAGUCCUCUUUACGGCGUCAUUUGCAAUGCCAUGAUGCGGAGUUUGUUGACUUCCUAUCUUAUUUGCUGCAAAUAAACCCCAGGAAGAGACCAACAGCCAGUGAAGCAUUAAAGCAUCACUGGCUUUCAUCCGAGUACUAAUGUGGAGCCAAGGAGUGAUUUCUUCUGUUUCAAGGGUAAUUUUUUCACGUAUACGAUUGGAUUUUCGGCAGCUUCUUGUUUUGGAGCCUUUUUACAACUUGUAAAAAAAAAGGUGUUUUCCUAGAGUUCUCGUGACAUGAAACAUACUGUUUCUUUUGGUUGUAGAGGGAUUUGCCUUUUUGGUUGCAGGGUAGCUAAACUAGCCUGUGGCACGGCUUCUUGUUUCUUGUCUUUUAGGGCAAUUCUUGAGUGGAAGCCCUGCUCUGCGAACUGAGAUUCAUGAGCGUAUGUAAAUAGGAGAAAAUUCCCCUUGUGUAUCUGUACAGAAACUUAAACUUGUAAUCCAUCUGUUUCGUCAGUGAUAACAAUCAAAUAACUGUCAAGUGUUUUUUUAUCA